CGGCUGUCAGGAGGACUCCUCGCUCCUCCCCCGCCCCCUUCCUGAUCGGUGGCUGAAGAGAUGGCGAGCGGCGGCGGCGGCGGCGGCAGCUCGGAUGUCCCGGCGGCAGAGGCAGGGGAGCCGGUGCCGGUGCCCGGUGCCUGCGCGGCCGGAGGCGAGGAGGAAGAGGAGGAGGAGCAGGAGGUCUUGGCUCUGGCCGUCCACCUGAGACGGCGCCUGAGGGGCUGGGAGGCGACGGUGGCCGCCGUGCAGCGGCUGCUGGUCUGGGAGAGGCCGCCGCAGAGCCUGGCCGGGGCCGCCGCGCUCGGAGCUGCUCUGUGGCUGUUUUCCUCCACUUCGUUGCGUCCUCUAUUCCUCCUCAGCAUGGGCCUUAUUGGUGUUCUCCUGUUGGAGAGAUGGAAGCCUCAAUUCCUGUUGGAUUUCUCAGUGCAGCCAUUAGAGGAACCUGGAGGAGACAGUGACAGUGAGAUGGCAAGAGCACAGCCUCACCUGUUAAGUGUCCCAGAACUCUGUCGUUUCCUGGCAGAGAGCUGGAUUACCUUCAGAUUGUACCUUCAGGAGCUGCUGCAAUACAAGAGGCAAAACCCUGCUAAGUUUUGUGCCAGAGUCUGCUCAGGAUGCUUGAUCUUAGCAAUAGUAGGACACUAUGUUCCUGGAAUCAUGAUUUCCUACAUUGUCUUGCUCAGUAUCUUGCUGUGGCCUCUGGUGGUGUACCAUGAACUUAUCCAGAGGAUGUACACACGCUUGGAGCCCAUUCUGAUGAAACUGGACUACAGCAUGAAGGUGGAGACCUUGCAUCUUAAACAUGAAAAGAAAAAGCGUCAAGGAAAGAGUGAGCCCGAAGCUGGCAAUGAGCCGAUGGCAGAGACUGAAAGUGAGAGUGAGGCGGAACUGUCUGGGUAUUCUCCAGUGGUGGAUGUGAAGAAGACAGCUCUGGCGUUGUCAAUUACAGACUCUGAGCUCUCUGAUGAGGAGGCCUCUAUCCUGGAGAGUGGAGGCUUCACCGUCUCCAGAGCUACCACACCACAGCUGACCGACGUGUCUGAAGAUCUGGACCAGCAGAGCCUUCCCAGUGAGCCAGAAGAGUCCUUCUCCAAGGACUUGGCAGAGUUUCCUUCUGUGGAAGAGUUUCAUUCCAGAGACUUGGGACCACCCAGUGAGGAUGACAACUUUGCAGUGCCUGCCCACACUGCCCACCAACUGGACUCUGCUGAGAAAGACGGUGUGGCGGCAGCAGCCAUGAGUUCAGACACAUCCAUCCUGUGCCUGGCCUCACCCCUGCACUUUGUAAAUACGCACUUCAACGGGAACGGGCAGGCAGUGGCAGGAGGAGCCCUGGAGCCCCAGCCUGUCACUGCCCAAGGCCUGGGGCUGCACAUCGAUUCACUGAGCCAAGAGAUUGUCACCACCGCUAUCAGUACAGUAGUGCAGAACACUCUGUCAGCCCUGCUCCGCUCCUCUGAGGACGAGGGGCCUUCUCUCUCUGAGUUCCUGCCCACUGAGCCCGAGGAGAGACUGAGCUUCCAGGCCCAGCUGUCUGAGAGUGCAGAGGUGGGGGCGGCCUCUCUGCCUGGGGGGGAGGAGGAGGAGGAAGCUGAUGAUUUCGAGCUGCUUGAUCAGAGGGAGCUGGAGCAGAUGGAUGCGGAGCUUGGCCUUUCUGGAGAGACAGAGGCUCCAGCGACACCGGCUCUCCCUCCUGAAGAAGAAUCCUUGCCCACCUCCUAGGUCUCACUGCUCCCCUGUAUUUCUGCAGCUGCAAGGGAAGGACAAGUGAAUACACAGCAGAGUUUGGUCUGUGCUGACUGGGGACGGCAAAACAUCCACAUUCAGUGUGUUAUGUCUGGAAUAGUGAGUCCUCUUCCUAGUGUUGGCCUUCCCGGCAGGGUGUUGCGUCUUGCCCACGCUUCCUAGUGGUGAUGCAGUCUUUUUGGUCUGCUGCUGCAAUUUGUCUGUCUUUGUCUAUUUGUUUUGUUUUUUUGCACGCCGCAUCCUCAGCUAGUUAUCCCCGCUGCUCGCACCCACUGUUCAUGCCCACACACACCCCAGUAGGAAGGAAAGCGGUUUUAUUGGAUGGAGGGGGUGCCAGAGGGUCUACAUUGUAAAUAUUUUUAUGAAAACAUUGGUUUGUUUAGUUGGGAAGAGGGAGAAGAGAUUGGUGGUAUGGAGAAAAUGGGUUGAGGUGUGUUUUCCCCCUUGAGUUAGAAAUUUGGGGGUGGAUGGGAAGUAGGGCUUCAAAUGAGACAUCAUGUGGAGUAUAUUUGCUGUCAGGACAAGAUGAGGGGGCAAAAUUGAGCUUUGCUGCCCACCUUGUACAAGAAUAGCAGCUGCUUUUGCACUUCCGAGCACUUACUUUCACCCUACAACCCAAUUUCCUUUAUUCAGUUGUGUGAAUAUGACACCUGAUUUGGGCUCCAGGAAGUGGAUAGUCUGGUCCUGUAGGUUCUCAACUCCAAUGCCAGGCUCCCUGCAGGCUCUUUAAUCCACUUGGGAAAACACAAAGCAAUUUGCAGUGACUUGAAAGCUUCCUCUUCCACUUCUGCUGCUGCACUUUAAAAACAAAAUCCCCUUAGAUCUACUUGUUGUCACCUUUCUCUAAGGCCUGGCCGAGCCAGUUCUGCCCUAUGAUGCACCCUGGCCAGAGCACAAUCUUCUGCUGCACUCAGCCUUGCCAGGGAAAAGAGCAGGGCAGCUUGAAAAGGAACAAUGCAUGUGGGACAUUGGGAAGAACGUUCUCCAACUGAAAGAAGCCCUCUAGGCUUAUCUCCACUCCACUCCCACUCUCAAAUCACUUUUGAAACCUCAGGGGAUUCACUCUUUAUAGUCUUUUGCUAAUUGGAGUAGUGUGCCCAUUUACGUUCUCAGGAGAAAGAAGGAACUAAAUGGGAGUGGCGGAUUUUGGUUUUUUUUUCUCCAAAGGUGGUUACUGCCCCUGAUAUCUAUUGCUGCUUGCACAGGUUUGCAGAAUAUUAAUUCUAGGAUCUGGUGGCUGAGUCUUUCAAAUAUUGAUUUUAAGUUGUAAUGAUAAAGUGGUUUUUUUAUUGUAUGGAAACAGAGAUGCCCCCUAUUGGGUGUGUAUCUUUGUUAAGAGGCAGCAGUCUGUAUUCAGUAAUCGCGUUCUCGACUGAGUGGAUACUGCUUGCUCCCAGUAAUGGAUCUCAUUUUUUGCCUGUUUUCCAACGAUUGCUGGAGAAGCCAGGUGGGUUGGGGAGUGUCAUGAAUUGGCCAUUUUCUUACUGUUGAAAAUUUUCAAGCUGGGCACUUCUGGGCAAUUCCUGAUGCUUUCACAUUCUCACAAGUGACUGUAGCUUUGCAGAUGCAGGCUCUGAAGCUGUGAUAGCUUGUCCUGCAGGCCUCAACAUUUUAAACUGCACUUCUGAGAGUUUCUGACCAAGGUGAAGGUGCUGCCUCUCAGUGGGAGAGGCCACCAAUCAAUUCCAAGCACAUUUGCAAGACCCCAGUUCUUGCCUUUUGCACCCUUCAAGUUUCAUUGCUUGCCGAGUCAGUCACUGGCCCACUCUUUGUAUUGAGGAUGGCUGCCUGUCUCAGGUUCCUUCAGUCAUGGGGCGAUGAUUUUCUUAAAAUGCAAAAUGAUCUUGUUCUCCAGAGUUGGUUUCCUUUCUGACCUGUGUUGCUUGCCCCAGCCCAGCCCAGCCUGAGUCAAAUGUUGUGGGGUGGAUGUCUGUUAAAACAGCUUCCUCCUAAUGUCUGCACUUUGGAAAUGGGCAGCCACAUGGCACUGAGUGUGGAGCUUGCUCGCCUUUGUGUUGUGUCCUGAGCACAAAUUUUGCUAUCCCUACCACCAGCCAGAAGCCCUAGCUUUCCCAUUCUGGUGCAGGAGGCAUGUUAUAUGUUUGUGUUUUUCUCUGAAGCUCUAAGCUGUCUUCCUCUUCUUUGGUGGCAACAGCGCCAUACUGCUCCAUGAUAGGGGCCUUCUGAGGAAGGGCUGGGAGGUUGCUAUGUCACCCAGGAAAGGCAGAGGGCUUUGAACUGUGUAGCGGUGUUUAUUCUAUGGCUAAAUAUUUAAAACAAACUGUAGUAUUUUUAAUAAAAAAGGUUCAAAGAUGUGAA